GACCGGAAGUGGCCGUAUUCGCUAUGGCGGCCGCCUGUGGGAGAGUGCUGCUGCAGGGCGUCCGGCCCGUCCGGUGGUUUUCUUCCUCGACUUGUCGAAUGAGCAGCGACCGAGAGCCCACAAAAUUCCAGCCGCCCCCGAAGCCCGUCAUUAUUGACAAGCAGAAGCAGAGAGAAGAGAGGAGGUUUUUGAGCCCUGAAUUUAUACCUCCCAGAGGAAGAACAGAUCCUCUGAAAUUCUAUAUAGAAAGAAAGGAUAUGAUACAGAGACGAAAAGUCUUCAACAUCCCCGAGUUCUAUGUUGGCAGUGUACUUGCUGUUACUACUGCAGAUCCGUAUGCUGAUGGCAAAACCAACCGGUUUGUGGGGAUCUGCAUUCAAAGAGGAGGAAGAGGGCUUGGUGCGACCUUUGUGCUUCGGAAUGUGAUCGAAGACCAAGGUGUUGAAAUUUGUUAUGAACUGUACAGUCCUCGGAUCCAAGAAAUCACAGUUCUGAAGCUGGAAAAAAGGCUGGAUGACAACCUGAUGUACCUGAGAGAUGCCCUUCCUGAAUAUAGUACUUUUGAUAUGAAUAUGAAACCUGUGUCUCAUUUAGACCAUGAGGAAAUCCCUGUAAACAAGCUGCAGGUAAGAAUGAAACCUAAACCAUGGUCAAAACGGUGGGAAAGGCCAAAAUACAACAUAAAAGGAAUCAAGUUUGAGCUACCUGAGAAAAAAAUGAAAGAAGCACAGAAGUGGAAGAAGCCCUGGCUGGAGUUUGAUAUGCUGCGAGAGUAUGAUACCUCAAAGAUAGAGGAAAAAAUAUGGAGGGAAGUGAGUGAAGAGCUGAGAAAGUAACAGCUUUGAGUUCGGUGUAUCAAUUGUCAGUUCUCAAGUUUUGUAUGCAGGUAAAAUACACAGUAAAAUGUCAGCAGUUCCUUUCUGAAUGUUCAACUA